AUAUACUAUACUAUACUAUACUAUACUAUAAAAAGAAUCUACCUGCCCUGUAGACCUACUCUGCGGGUCAUUCACCUACGUUAUUGCUCUUCUGAUCUGGCAGUAUCCUCUUCAGAGCGUCUGUCAGACCCAGAAACACGUUUUGUAAUGUAGGCUACAGGACGAAACAUGUGCACUGCUCUUCCUUGGAGUUUGAAAACUGGGAACAGUUCUGAUCAGGCAUGAAUCUCACCACAAAUCCACACAAAUGUUAACAUCGCCACUUCUGAUAAAGUGCAGCUGACAGCUGCUUCAGCGGGAAGCAUCCUUGAGCAGACACUGCCAAACAUACAACCGCGGUAAACAUACAAAGGUGUCUCCAAGCGAGCGGGACGCAGAGACAGCAGCGCUACAGAGCGACAGAGGAAAGACGCCACACUGCAGUCCAACAUUUUUACAUGUCUAAAUAACUGUAGACAGCCAGGGAAUCCUAAAAGAUUCACAUGUGACAAACUUUUUUCUUAUAAUAUAAUGAUUUAAGUCUCUUCUUACUAAUUUGCGACUGACUGUUAACCGUUUGUGUCCCAAAUACGUUGACGGAAAACAGUGCUCAUCUUUACAUUUGUGAUAAAAAUUAUUUCAAGUCAGUUCAGUAAUCCGGUCUCCACUAUGUCCAUUUUAAUCUCCCUAAAGUUUGGGAACUCCUUUCUAUAGGGAACAGUCUUGUCGGAGGUUACGGUCACAGGAGGAUCUCCAUGGCAAAAGAAAAAACAAAGCAGCCGUAGCCAGUGCACGUCUGCUCACGUCUGGGACCACCGCCUUGCUCUUGACGCAUGGCUGAGUCAGCGGGAGCGCGCGUAAUUGACCAUUCCCAGACACGAAACGUGCUCAUAAGACUCCAUCCCAUGUUCAACUUGGUAUCCUAUAAAGCCAACUAACAUUGCGCCAAGUAACCAGAUACAGAGAACACCGCGCGGAUGUGGUGGACAUUUAAAACCAGGGGAACUUGACAUCAGGUAAAGAUAUACAAUGGAGCUAAAACCUUUAUUGAAGAAGCUGGGCUCAAUUAUCCGCACCAUCCUCACUUUCCUCUUUGCACUGCUGGUCCUGGGCGUGAUGGUGUGGGCCUAUGUUUGUGGUUUCCAGCUGGUGACCUCCUUGUAUGGACUCAUCUCCUUUGGCUUUUAUGGACUUCUGCUUGCACUCCACUUGCUUGUCCAGAGCUUCUUUGCCUUCAUUGAGCACAGGCGAAUGAAAGCUUGCACAAACCCGUGCACCUUUACCAAAACUAUUGGCCUCACGAUAUCAGCUUACCAGGAGGACCCCGCAUAUCUCAGAGAGUGCCUCAGCUCUGUCAGGGCCCUCAAGUAUCCCCCUGAGCUGCUGCGCAUCAUCAUGGUGAUAGACGGAAACAAACCUGAGGACCAAUACAUGAUGGACAUGUUUAAUGAGAUAUUUGCUGACCAAGACCCUGGCUGUUAUGUGUGGAGGAACAACUACCACACAUGGAACCCCACCCAGGCCCAGCAGGAUGUAGAAAUGGCUACAGUAAACGUCCCAGGAGGGGAUGCUGAUCAUUCACCAGGAGAGGAUCCACAGAGAAAAGAGGUAGAGCGGCUGAUCCAGAGCAGGAGGUGCGUGUGCAUCAUGCAGAAGUGGGGCGGCAAGCGGGAGGUGAUGUACACAGCGUUUAAAGCACUCGGGUCAUCAGUAGACUAUGUGCAGGUGUGUGACUCGGACACUAUGCUGGACUCCCUGGCCACCGUGGAACUAUGUAAAGUGUUGGAGAGCAACCUCAAGUACGGUGCUGUGGGAGGGGAUGUGAUGAUCCUCAACAUGAAAGACUCUUUAAUCAGCUUCAUGAGCAGUCUUCGGUACUGGAUGGCUUUCAACGUCGAAAGGUCUUGCCAGUCCUUCUUCAACUGUGUGUCCUGCAUAAGUGGUCCUUUGGGUCUGUACAGGAAUGAUCUCCUCCAGCAGUUUCUGGAGUCCUGGUACAAUCAGAAGUUUUUGGGAAGUCACUGCACAUUUGGUGAUGACAGGCAUCUUACCAACCGAAUGCUGAGCAUGGGCUAUGCCACAAAAUACACAGCCCGCUCCAAAUGCUACACAGAAACACCUGCACAGUUUCUGCGCUGGCUCAACCAGCAGACUCGCUGGACAAAAUCUUACUUCCGUGAGUGGCUCUACAAUGCAAUGUGGUGGCACAAGCACCAUCUCUGGAUGACCUAUGAGUCCAUUGUCUCAGGUAUUUUUCCCUUCUUUGUCACUGCCACCAUCAUCCAGCUGUUUUGGACAGGCUCAGCGUGGGAUAUCCUCUGGGUCCUGGUCUGCAUCCAGCUGAUCGCGCUGGUGAAAGCGGCUUAUGCCUGUGCCUUGCGCCAAAACAUGGUGAUGUUGUUCAUGUCUCUCUACUCGGUUCUGUACAUGACCAGCCUCCUACCUGCUAAGUACUUUGCCAUUCUCACCAUGACCAAAAGCAGCUGGGGGACAUCAGGUAGACGUAAGAUUGUAGGAAACUACAUGCCCCUCCUCCCACUGUCAGUGUGGACAUUAAUUUUAUUAAGUGGGAUCGGUUACAGAAUCUACAAGGAGAGUCAACUGGACUGGUCAUCUCCAGCCAAGAAACUGGAGACCAAGUUUCUUAUCUUUGGCUGUGUGGCCUACAUGUGCUACUGGCUGCUUAUGCUGAUCCUCUACUGGGUGUGGUUCCGAAGGUUAUGUAGAAAACGCUCCCAAAGUUACACUUUGAGUGGUGUGUAGGUCCAAAGUGUCCUGUGAAGAACUAACAGAAGGAAUAUAAUUUAUUUGAGUUCAACCAUUUACCUUAUAGUUAUACCUUUAUUCAUUUAUUUAUUUUGUCGCGCAUUGAAGUAACUGAUGGACGGAAGGAUUCUUACACAACUGAUUUUCUAACAAACUUUUAAAAAAUGAACAAUUUAACAAGUAUUGGUGAAACUGAUUAAAUGAAUACCAUCCAUAGUACCAGACAUUUUUGAAUUUUUUUUACUGUUAUAUAUGAGGACAAAUGUUUGACUCAUAUGGAGAUGUUGUUGCACAUUUAAAUGAAACUGUAAUGAAGGCUUUCUGGCCCACACACUCAGGUUUCUCUUUGUCAGAUUAUGAUGGCAGAGAUGGCCUUCCAUCAGAUAUUUAUUCAUGACAUCUAAAGAUUGAGAAAGUGCUAUUCAAAUAACAUUUUGUUUUUAUGGAUGUGGAUCUUGGGGUAUGUGUAUUGCUUUAGCAACACAAAGACCACCCCUUAUGGAUGUUUCACUUUGUUGUUGUUGUUAUUGCACUGGAUCCUGGUUGGCACUUUCUGCAGCAUUGCAGACCUACUUGAAAAUACAGAAAAUGGCAGUUUGUCAGAUUGACAUGUAAGUUUUCUGUAUAUACGUUUGGUAUUGUUUGUUGGAAAGGCUGGAUGUUGUCUGAAAAUGUGAAAUAAAUGAUGGUUUUGGAAACCAUUUAUAUAAAUAAAAAUCAAAUAUUUUUCUAACUUC